AUGUGCUCCAUAUUCGAUCGUACGAUUUAUCCGGACCCGGAAUCGGAGAAGGCUAUAAUGGGUUCAGUGGUGUACUGCAUUCACCACAAAGAAGGGUGUCAAUGGUCCGACGAGCUUCGCAAGUUGAAGGCGCAUUUAAACACUUGCAAGCACGAUGCAGUGCUCUGCGCAGCGCAGUGCGGUGCGAUGAUCCCGCGCGUGUUAAUGCAAGACCACCUGCGUUACACCUGCCCUCGUCGCCGCGCCAAUUGUGAGCACUGUGCUAAGGAGUUCUCCGGCAGUGCGCUUGAGGAACACCAAGGAAACUGUGGUCACGAGCCAGUCUACUGCGAGAACAAAUGCGGCGCUAAAGUGCAGCGCCGUCAUACUCAGCAGCACUUGCAGCAACAUUGCAGCAAGCGGCUUGUGCCCUGCCGACACUGUGGCCAGAGAUACACACAGGACACAGUGGGCGCCCAUGGAGCAUCGUGUGCGCGUGCGCCGGUGCCAUGUCCACAGCGUUGCGCUGCAGCUCCUGCCAGAGACGAGUUGGAUGCUCAUCUUCGGGAUCACUGCGCCGCUGCCUCUCUGCCCUGUGCCUAUAGAGACGCUGGAUGUCGAUUCAAGGGCACUCGCCAAGCUCUUGACCGCCAUAUUGAAGAAAGCUGCCAGGCGCAUUUGGCCCUUGUAUGUGGGGUAGCUACCAGACAGGCACGUCAAUUGGAAUCCCUAAGAUCUGCUCUCGCAAAAUUAGCCCUAAACCAGUCUGGGGCUCUUGUCUGGAGAAUAUCUGACUUCGCUGCGAAGAUGGCCGAAGCCAAAUGCAAGGAGGGCGUCGAACUUGUAUCUCCAGCUUUCUACACCAGUCAAUAUGGUUAUAAAUUGCAGGCGUCACUAUUUUUAAACGGGAACGGCGCCGGCGAGUCUACCCAUAUGUCAGUUUAUAUCAAGAUCUUGCCAGGCGAAUACGAUGCUCUUCUCCGCUGGCCGUUCGCCCAUACCGUCUCUUUCACACUCUUCGAUCAAAGCUCCACGCCAGACAGAGCCUGCAAUAUGGUCGAGAGCUUCGUCCCAGAUCCCACCUGGAAGAACUUCCAGCGCCCAUCAAAGGAACCAGAUGCACUAGGAUUCGGUUUUCCACGCUUCGUCUCACACGAAAUGCUCAAGAAGAGGAACUUUGUGAAAGACGAUGUCCUAUUUUUACGGGUCAAAGUUGAUCCCAGCAAGAUUGUCGCUGUAUAA